GAAACUCACAAUGCACAGGCCUCCUUGCCUCCAGCCUCUGCCAUCGACAUCCCCCUUCACCAGAUGGGCAAAGUGAGGUUCAGGAGUCACUGAGCCUCGUCCAGGUCCCCUCCCAUGCCCACCUCUGAGUCCCUAGCAGAAGCCUCAUGAGCCAAAUGGCAGAAGAGCGCAGAGUGGGCCCUGAGCAUGCAGCCAGGGAAUCUCCUCACAUCCCUGGCUGCUAAGCCACACGGGAAGCCACCAGUCUAUCCUGCCCCCUCAGGAACCAGCAGCGGAACCUGGGCUGAAAGCCCCAGCGGGCCUCUGGGGCAAGCAGCAGCUCACAUUGCAAACUCAUGAAUAACUCAGGACCUCCCAGCUGCCUGCAUCUCCGAGGAACCCGUGGCCCCUGGACCAACCUCCUCCACUGCUUUAAACUUUAAUAGGCCAAGGCCCAGUGGCCGCAGAGCAGGCUCCAGACAGCAAGGGCGGGACGUCCUGGGCAGGGCAGCUCAGGCUAAGCCCUCCUGAGAGGAAGCUAACGGGGGGGGACCCGGUGGGGCAGGAAGGCUCCCCAGCCAAGGCAGGAUGUGAUCAGACAAGAGUCCCAAGAGUGGCCUCCAGAUUCAGGGGCCUUCACGGGAGGAGGAGUAGGCUGGCAUGACCUGGCAGGGAUUCUAGGUCAAGGUGCGGCUGGGGGCCCCUAGGGGGGCUGUGGGAUAGGGUUACUAGCCCCGAAUCUUCCUGCCCAGAAAUUCCCACUCUGAAGGUGGAGCUCCAACAAAGAUACAUCCAAGAGGACCGAGCCCUCCAGGGCCUUCCUGGGGACAGGCCCCACCGGCUGCAGACAGUACCUUGGGUAGACCUGCAUGGACAUCCCCAUCAGCAGCGGAGACUUCCGCUGCCUACAGCUGGCCUGGGUGGCCCUCGGCCUGGUGGCCGGCAGCAUCAUCAUCGGUGUGUCCGUGUCCAAAGCUGCAGCUGCCGUCGGUGGCAUCUUCAUUGGCGCUGCUGGUCUGGGGCUCCUCAUCUUGGCCUACCCGUUCCUAAAGACUCGGUUCAACCUGGACCACAUUCUGCCCACCAUAGGGAGCCUGAGAAUCCACCCCCACCCAGGGCCAGACCAUGGGGAGGGAAGAUCCAGUGCCAAUGGCAAUAAAGAGGGAGCCCGCAGCAGCCUGUCCACGGUGAGCAGAACACUGGAGAAGCUGAAGCCAGGGGCCCGGGGGACUGGGGAGGGCUGAGGUAGGGGCUAAGGGGCUAGACCCUGCCCUCCUGCCCUGCCUGCUACCCUGAUCUCACAGCCCUCCUGGGUCCAAACCAGAGGUGAACCGGGCCCUGCAGACACCAGCCCUGCAUUCGCUUGGGCAAAGCUCUUGCAAAUGGAUUCCACGUGGCAGCGUCGGGCAGGGCCUGAAGCGGGGUACCGCUGGACGUUCCACAGGGGGCCCCUGUAUCAGGUUUUUGACCUGGAUUUUUCUCUCUGGACUGCAGCUCAGCGUCCUUCCCUUUUUGAUCUACUGACUGGUUUCUCUGGAAUUUGGGGCCAGAGAUAUCUCAGUCUCUUGCUCCAGGCUGGCCACAGAAAUGAACCACAGGCCCACAGUAACCACAGAUGGGAUUCCUCAGCCCUUAAGGCCUGGCCCUGGGCCUCUAGAGCUCACGGGCUAGGUAGAGGGGCUGGACCAGAUUUUUUCAGGUUCACAAAAACUCUGGGCAACUCCUCAGGAACAGGCUCUUGGCAGCAGUGAACCCGACAGGAGCAUGGCUUGGACAGACAAAAUGGUCACCGCCAUGACACGGAGUCCAGGUGAGGCACCAACCCAGGGGCUUCCAGGAGGAGGUGGCUCCUGAGCUGAGUCCCGUCCUGAGACUCUUGUAUGUGACUCCACCCUUCAAAGCUUUCGGUGAUCUGACUCCAGACAAGACCUCCAGCCUUUCCUCUUUGCCCCUGCCCUCUCACUGCUCCCGAACAAUCUCAAACAUUCCAGCCU